GGCGAACUCAGCUGUAGUUUGGUUCUUUUUUGGAAGAGUGAGAUGAAUGAUGGCCUCGGAUAAUUCCAGCAAGAAAGGCUUGUCGGGGGUUGCUACAGCGUACCUUGUUCUGUACAACGUUAUUCUUUGUGCAGGAUGGGCAAGUGUUGGUGUUAUCGGAAUGAAGCAUUAUAUGUCGACCAAAAGCUUUGUUGGUGCCUAUGAUGCAUUUGAAGUGCCACUAAAAGUUUUUCAGACUGCAGCUCUGCUGGAGAUUUUUCAUGCUGCUAUUGGAAUUGUUUCAUCGAACAUUGUACUAACAGCAUUUCAAGUGAUGUCGCGACUGAUGCUGCUGUGGUCGGUUACGCACAGCGUACCACAGGUUCAAGAUGAAGUAAGUGUUACUAUGUUCGUUGUUGCCUGGACGACCACAGAAGUGAUCCGUUAUGCAUUUUAUACAUUUGGUCUGCUAAAUCGUUUACCUUACAUACUGACAUGGUGCCGCUAUACUUUUUUCAUCAUCUUGUACCCAAUAGGAGUCUGUGGAGAACUGCUGACAAUAUAUGCUGCAUUGCCCAUUGUGAAAAGCAACAGUUUAUACUCUGUAACGCUGCCAAAUAAAUUCAACAUAUCAUUCAAUUACUACUAUGCUCUCAUCUUCUUCAUGGUGCUGUAUCUCCCAAUUUUUCCGCGAUUAUACUCACACAUGAUCAGACAGAGGAAGAAGGUUAUCGGUGGAAUAACAAGAAGUAAACAAGACUAAAGAAUUCCUGAGCCUGAGCCUUUUUACCUGAUUUUGCUAUUCAGUAAUAGAAUUUUAAAUUGAAACGUGUGCUUAAAUUCUGAGCUGCAGCCGUUAACAUAAUGUUUAUGAUAUAAAGGUGCACUUUACUUUGCAUAUGGGCUAUUUUGCACAAAUUGAAAGCCAAAUUUGGGUAAAAAACAAUGUGGUAGAUUUUGAUCAUGGCAUUUAAAAUGCAUAUGUUGUCCACUGAGAAAUUAGAACAAAGAAUACAUUCUUUAUGUUGAUUUGCUCAUUUUGUAGAAUCACGAACGUUAUUAUUUUGAGCAUUAAACAAGUACUGACUUGUGCUGACAAUUUCUAAAUUUUACAUUUUACUCAACAUGUAAAAUGAUAUAAAAUUAACAUUCUGCAGAAUGUAGUUUUUCUAAAGUUUGCUGUGAAUAUUAGUAAAACAUUCCGUAAAAAAAACCCGCUUUACUCAUGACUAUUAAAUAUUGUUUCAGGAAUCAUAAAUUCUUAUACAAAAAUAUAACAACAAUGAUGUGGAUAUUAACAGUGAUUAUCUAUAACUGUUUGAAAUAAUAAUACAAAAUAAACAUCUAGAAUUGAUGUUGUAAUAUUGAAUGUAGUAAAGAUUUGAAUGAUGUUGUGCAACCAAUUUAUGAAUCUAAUGACCUUGGUAAUAAAAUAAACUGGUGGGAAGGUAUCAGUGGUGUAUAUAGGGUGUGCUAAACCCCAAAAGCUUGUUCCCUCCCCGUCCCCACAUUCAAAAUGUCCGAAGCAAAAAAAAAUUGUGCUCAUGUAGUUAAAAGUCAUGUCAUACCAUCUUAUUUUGCAACCUAGCAUCCCCUAGCUUAAGCCCCCACCUUCAUUUCCCCCUCCUUCCCAAGACUCUAGAUACGUCACUGGUUGUAUAAAGUGCAACAAUUUUUGAAUAACGUAAUGAAAACAGAUUACAGAUAUCAGUGUGCUAAAGUUUUGUACAGGACUAGAAGAAAUCUUUUUUUUUUACAUUACAGUAUUACUGUACUGUAUUUAGCAUCUAAUGACAUUUUAUUUGAAUGUUGUGGACGCAUUCUCAAAAUGAUUGAACUGGAGUGUUGCUGGGGAAGUUACUAGAUUUUCCCACAUAUUUUUAUGUAUGCAGUUUGGCUGUGCUGAUUACGGUAAUUUUCUUCCUAAAGAGCAACUUUAAACAUUCCCGGUUAUAUCAUUGAUCAUCCAAAUGUAAACUUUAGGUACUGUUGAAUUUGACACAUGUCUGGAACGGUUACCUUAAAUCUUAUAUUGCCAGGUUCUAAUUGCAUCUGUAAUGUACAAUAGAAAUAAAAUGCAGUUUUGAUGUUUACAAUAAUCAAAAAUAAAUUUGUGAUAAUAUCAUGUU